CUGUGUAGGCGUACCCUGCGCUAGAAGUCACUCCAGCCUGAAUUACUGCAACUUCUCCAAGUUUUGGAAAAACUGCGCCGUCUGCUCAGUGCUUUGCAAAGCGCUUCAGUCCCCUCACAAUAAAAUCACUCACCUCUUCCAGUUUAUUCUAUCCUGCUUUGCCUUAUCAUGCAUAACAGCCAUGUCACCCAUGUGCUCUUCUCUCUUCUCUGCAUCGCAUUGAGUGCCCAGUCUGAGCCAGAGAUAGACGAAGUGGUUCCCAGGCUGCUGUCCGGGCAGGAGGCGCACCUGUCCCCGGACCACACUGCCCGCACACUGCGGCGCCGCGGCCAGCGCUCCCUGGACGCCCCGGGUGGAGGACAUUCUGACCCGGAUAACAUAAUUCUGUCACUGCCGGCUUUCGGAAGGAGUCUGUAUUUAAAUCUGACGCGGGACAGCGCGUUUCUGUCAGGGGACUUCGUGGUCGAGGAGAGGCUUGGGGAGCAGAGCGCAGCGGUGAGCCGCUUAUCCACGAAGCAGCUGUGCUUUUACUCCGGCUCCAUUAUCAACCACACUGACUCCCUGGCAUCACUGAGCACCUGUGGCGGCCUGACUGGGCUCAUCCAGCUCGGGGAGGUCAGCCUAUUCAUUCAGCCGGUGGGUGAAAGUGGCCCCUCCCAGUCGUUCUCCGGACUAAAACACCGGCUGCUGCGAAACAGACGCUGUGCCAAGACCAGCUCUGCUCCAGAUGUUGACCAGCCGAACUACUGUGGGACUGUACAAGGGAAGAAGAAGAAGAUGUCAAAAGUGGACGAGGAGGGUCGCGGCAAGAGAAACGUCAUUCGCUUGCACGAAGCAUACACAGUGGAGACAGUGGUGGUGGCAGACUCCGACAUGGUGCACUACCACGGGGCCGAGGCGGCACAGAGGUUCUUGCUGACAGUCAUGAACAUGGUCUACAACAUGUUCCACCACCAGAGUCUGGGAGUCAGGAUCAACAUUCGUGUCACCAAGCUGGUGCUGCUUCAUAGACGCCCAGAGAAGCUAAAGGUGGGCCAUCAUGGAGAAAGGUCUCUGGAGAGCUUCUGUCAUUGGCAGUAUCAGGAGUUUGGGGGUCCCCGGUACCUCGGCACCAACCACGUUCCUGGGGGAAAGGAUGACAUCCCACCAGUGGAUACUGCUGUGCUGGUCACCAGGACAAAUUUCUGCGUUCAUAAAGACGAACCCUGUGAUACUGUGGGUAUUGCUUAUCUGGGGGGUGUCUGCAGUGCCAAGAGGAAGUGUGUGUUAGCAGAAGACAAUGGACUCAAUCUGGCCUUCACCAUUGCUCACGAACUGGGACACAACAUGGGCAUGAGCCAUGAUGACGACCAUGCCACGUGCACUGGUCACUCGGACAUCAUGUCUGGGGAAUGGGUGAAAGGAAGAAACCCCAGCGACCUGUCCUGGUCCUCCUGUAGCCGCGACGACCUGGAGAACUUCCUCAGGUCCAAAGCAAGUGGCUGCCUUCUGCACACCGACCCCAGAAGCCGUUACCAGGUCCGGCUUCCUCCCAAGCUGCCAGGCAUGCACUACAGUGUGGAUGAACAGUGCCAGAUCCUGUUUGGAUCUAAUGCCACUUUCUGCAAUGACAUGGAGCACUUGAUGUGCGCUGGCCUGUGGUGUUUAGUAGAGGGAGAUGCAUCCUGCAAGACCAAACUGGAUUCUCCUCUGGAUGGAACCGAGUGUGGAGCAGACAAGUGGUGCAGGGCAGGCGAGUGUGUCAGUAAGACUCCCAUCCCUCAGCAUGUGGACGGGGACUGGAGUCCAUGGAGCCAGUGGAGCAUGUGUAGCAGGACCUGCGGUACUGGAGUCCAGUUCAGACAGAGGAAAUGUGACAACCCUCCGCCUGGACCUGGUGGGCGACACUGCCAGAAGUCCAGUGUGGAGCACAAGGCUUGUGAGCGUCCUCCCUGUCCCAAGGGAGCGCCCAGCUUCAGAGACCUGCAGUGUCUGUCUUACAACAGACACGCAAACAGCAAGAAGAAGGGCAGCAUGCUGACUGCUAUUAUUAAUGAUGAGAAGCCGUGCGUGUUGUUCUGCAGCCCAGUAGGUCGAGAUGUCCCAGUCCUGAUGGCUGACAGAGUGAUGGACGGGACGCCCUGCGGACCAUACGAGGCCGACCUGUGUGUGAACGGAAGGUGUCAGAAAAUUGGCUGUGACGGCAUCAUCGGCUCUUCAGCCAAAGAGGACCGCUGUGGUGUUUGUAAUGGAGAUGGGCGCUCCUGUAAGAUAGUGAGAGGAGACUUCAACCACACCAAAGGAAUGGGCUACAUCGAAGCUUUGGUUAUCCCUGCAGGAGCCAGGAGGAUCAAAGUUGUGGAGGACAAACCCUCACAUAGCUUUCUGGAUGACAAUGGCCCUCUGGGGACUCGGUCCCCAGGGACCUCAUUUCCCACGACUCUGCCGGCCAAUGGUGGUGCACAGGGCUUCAGAGAGCCAGGGAUGAGGGCGAGCAGGCAGGUGCUGCUCUUUCAUGACCAGAGCUACGGGAUCCACUAUGAGUACACUGUGUCCCUGAACACAACUCAGGACAGGAGCAGUGAGGAGCCAAGGGAGCCAGAGUAUCUCUACAUCUGGACACACAGCAGCUGGCAGGACUGUACUGUUCAAUGUGGAGGAGGUGAGAGAAGGACAGUGGUUUCCUGUAUGAGAAUAGUCAAUAAAACAAUGGAGGCUGUCAACGAUAGCUACUGUCAACCUGAGAACCGACCACACCCCCAAGUACGAUUCUGCAACUCUCACCCCUGCCAGUAUCGGUGGGUGACAGGAGAGUGGGGAUCCUGCUCCGUCACAUGUGGUAAAGGUGUUCAGCAGAGGGACGUGGUUUGUGUUUACCAUUUUCAGAAUGGCUCACUCAUCCACACCAGGGAUCUGUAUUGCCAAGGAGGAAAACCUCCUGUUGUGCAGGGCUGUGAGGGCCGCCUCUGCCUCACUUUGUGGGAGGCUUCAGAAUGGUCCAAGUGUUCAUCGGGCUGUGGUCCAGGUGUUCACAAGCGGACGGUGUCAUGUACAAACCCUCAGGGUCUGUGUGAUCCUCUGUCCCAGCCCACUCAGGAGGAGCCCUGUGAGGACUACUCUAGAUGUUACGAAUGGAAGACUGGAGACUGGUCCAAGUGCUCGUCAUCCUGCGGGAAGGGCCUGCAGUCGCGAGUGGUCCAGUGUAUGCACAAAGUGACUGGACGUCAUGGUAACGACUGCCCAGUGACGCUGAGACCACCGACCUACCGGCCCUGUCACCAUGGUACCUGCAACGACAAAAUCAAUGUGAACACCAUUACCUCUCCCAGGCUAGCUGCUCUGACCUACAAAUGCAUGGGGGACCAGUGGACAGUGCACUGUCGUGUGAUCCGAGAGAAGAACCUUUGUCAGGACAUGAGGUGGUACCAGCGCUGCUGUGAAACCUGUAGGGACUUUUAUGCCAAGAAAAUACUGCACAAGAGCUAAUGACCAAAUGCACCUACUUGUCCUCUACAUAACACUCUUUUUUGUAAAUGUUUUUAAUAUUGUUAAAUGUUAAGAAAGUAUAAUGGUAAGAAAACCAUUUCUACUGUUGAUGGAACUUUUUGUAUUUAAAAAAAGAAAAUGGCAAGUACACAUAAAUGUACAUUUUAAAUGAGCUCAUAAACUUCUAGAUUUGAUGAAAA